AAACAGUAUCUGUACGGAUCUUUCUCGCCAGUUCUCCCGCAGUGUGCGGCUCCUUGUCCCAUGCCGAUCCCAAGUCGACCACCAUGUCGCUUUCCAAUUCUUCUAGCCUGCGCGUCAACGGGAACGGGAACAGGAACAGGAACGGGGCGUCAGCUCAACCUCUAGACGACCCAAAACCUCUCCAGCAGCGUCCCAAAUCCCCCCUCAGCCAGGCCCAACGAUCCAACACCUUCAACACACACCAUACCCGCCGCCAGUCUUUUGAUAAUCGCCCUUCAAGUGCGCCAGGCGACGAUGCCCAGCAGCAGAAUAAUCCUAGUAAUUGUAAUGCUCUCGCCUUGAGAAGCCACCGCGACUCGACUUCCGAGACGACCAAGACCCAGCGACCCCCCAAGCCUCCUUUGCUGCGUUCCAAGAGUGAGAACAGAGUGCGCCGCGUUGGUGAGAAUAAGAAAGAAGAGGAAGAUGAAAUCCUGCAGUGGGGAGCUAGACACGGCUUUGAGGAGCACUAUGAGUCGCAGCAGUUCAUGGAUAAACUGGCCAAUAACUGGUAUAUGUACUGGACCGACAAGCGACACGAGACGACGGGAAAACCCAAAGCCCCAACCCACGAGCUUCAGGACUGGCGCAUGAGAGAUCGCCUCAAGACGGUGUCUGCCGCUCUUGCCGUCUGCCUGAACAUCUCCGUCGAGCCUCCGGAUCAGCUUAGGACCAAUCCGGGAGCGAAGCUGGAGGCCUGGAUCGACCCCUUCCAGUCCCCUCCCCAAAAAGCCCUGGAAAACAUCGGCAAGGCCCUCCAGUCCCAGUAUGAGACCCUCGCGAUCCGAACGCGCUACAAGCAGUAUCUCGAUCCGUCCGUCGAGGAAACCAAAAAGUUCUGCAUCUCGUUGCGGAGGAACGCCAAGGACGAACGCGUCUUGCUCCACUACAACGGUCACGGUGUGCCGAAGCCGACGUCCAGCGGCGAGAUUUGGGUCUUCAACAAGAACUACACCCAGUACAUACCCGUGUCGCUAUACGACCUGCAGCACUGGCUGCAGGCCCCUACCAUGUUCGUUUGGGACUGCUCCGAGGCCGGCAACAUCUUGAACAACUACCAUCGCUUCGUCGAGAAGCAUGAGCAGGAGGAAGAGGAAAACGCGGCCCGGGACCCCAACUACGAGAAGACCGCCUUCCGACCGUACAUUCACCUUGCCGCCUGCGGCGUGAAAGAGAACCUCCCCACCAACCCGCUGCUCCCUGCCGACCUCUUCACGUCCUGUCUCACCACCCCCAUCGAAAUGGCCCUCUGGUUCUUCGUCCUCCAGAACCCGCUCAAGACCAACCUCACGCCCGAGAGGGCCAAGAAGCUCCCCGGCCGCCUUCAGGAGAGGAGGACCCCGCUGGGCGAACUGAACUGGAUCUUCACCGCCAUCACCGACACCAUCGCCUGGACCACAUUACCCCGCCACCUGUUCCGGAAGUUCUUCAGGCAAGACCUCAUGGUCGCCGCGCUGUUCAGGAACUUCCUGCUGGCGCAGCGCAUCAUGUCCGUCUACGGCUGCCACCCCCAAUCCUACCCGGAGCUGCCGGAUACCCGGCAGCACCCCCUGUGGGCGAGCUGGGACCUGGCCGUAGACAUGGCCCUGGCCCAGCUGCCCAUGCUGGAGAGGAAGGAGAGCGAAGGGAUCGAAUACGAAUACCAGAACUCGACCUUCUUCACCGAGCAGCUGACGGCCUUCGAGGUCUACCUGGCCAGGGGAGACGCCAUGGCCCAGAAACCGCCCGAGCAGCUCCCUGUCGUUCUCCAGGUGCUUCUUAGUCAGCAGCACCGCGUGCGAGCACUGAUCUUGCUGGGCAGCUUCUUAGACCUCGGCCCAUGGUCGGUGCAGCUUGCGCUGAGCAUAGGCAUCUUCCCAUACGUAUUAAAGCUCUUGCAGUCGGCCGCGGCCGAGCUGAAGCCGGUCAUGGUGUUCAUCUGGACCCGCAUCCUGGCCGUGGACAUCUCUUGCCAGCAGGAUCUUAUCAAGGACAACGGCUACAACUACUUCACCGCCAUCCUCAAGCCUGCCGAAUCUCUGCCCGUUGCCAACAGCGACGAGCACAAGGCCAUGUGCGCCUUCAUCCUGGCCAUGUUGUGCAGGGGUUAUAAGCCCGGCCAACAGGUGUGCAACCAGACCGAGAUUAUGACGUAUUGUCUCACACAUCUUCAACACCAGGAGAACCCGCUGCUGCGACAAUGGGCCUGUCUCUGUCUCAGCCAGCUGUGGCAUGAUUUGCCCGAAGCCAAAUGGCGGGGCAUCAGGGAGAACGCUCCGAGCAAGCUAUCUUGUCUGGCCAAGGACCGGUGCCCGGAAGUGAGGGCCGCCAUGUUGCAUGCCAUGACCACCUUCAUCGGCGUCAUCGACCUGACGGACGAGGUGGCACGCAUCGAGGAGUCGAUUGCCUGGACCUUGCUCGACAUGGCCAACGACGGCAGUCCCACAGUCCGGCGCGAAUUCCUCGUCUUCUUAUCCCAUUUCAUCCUCCGCUUCGAGAAUAAGUUUAUCGUGGCCGCCUUUGAGCAGUUGCAGGAAGAAAAAGAAUACGUCUUGUUCCCCCCAGACGACGACGGCACGGAACACAAGAUGGGCCUUCACUAUGCGCGCCAGGAGAAUCGCAAUGCGGACGGGACCAUCAGGGCCGCUGCGCACGGUUUCGCCCACAACACCGUCUUCGCAGCGUGCUGGAAACAUGCUCUGCUGCUCAACGUCGACCCCCACCCCGAAGUGCAACGCGACGCCGCCGCGGUCGUGGACUACGUGCACAAUGCCGUGCUCGCGUCUCCUAUCGGGGCGCAAGCGCAGGCGCUCAUGGACGAGAUACGCAGAAAGGCGAGGCCGUCGUCGGACAGGAGCCACCACCAGCAGGCUGCGACGCAGCGGAAUCACGCACAGAGCGGUGGUGGCGGCGGUGGUGGUGGUGGUGGUGGCGCGACGCGAUCCUCGGCCGCCGCGGCAUCACUGCCAAACCCGGGCCUUUUCCGCAGGACGGCGAGUUACUUGUUCACCGGCAUGUUCGGCGGCAUCGACGGCACCACCAUGACCGACGCGAACAAGCGGGCAGGUCAGCCGUGGCAAGCACCGGCGUCGUCGCCCGGUCAUCGGAACCAGACGACGAGAGGAGCACGCAGACUCGGGGGGGGGCCCGACUCGUCGGCGGCAUCGUCGCCACCGCAGAUGGAUCCAGCGGCAGGUCACGCGAGGUACCACACGGCGGGCGAACCGGUGUCGGGAGGCUACGAGGACAAGCAGCAGGCCAGGGAAGCGGGAGGAGCGGCGACGCUUCCGGUGCGCAGCACGUUCUUCGAUUGGUCGGUGGAAUAUUUCCGCGAGCCGCAGAUGAAGCCGAGCGAGUCGGACGAGCCCGGCAGCACGGAAUACAACGAGCGGCUCUGGAGGCGGUCUCGCAACGAGGCGAUCCUGCAAGAGACGCAGCCUCUCAAGCAGUACGCCGGCAGCCACAAGUGGGACAAGCCGAUCCGGCUCCUCAACAACGGGGCGCAGCCGUCCAAGCUGACGUUCCACCAAUUCGAAGACCACCUCGCGGUGGCGGACAACGGGAACACGGUGACGAUGUGGGACUGGAAGAAGCAGAUGCGGCUCAGCCGGUUCUCCAACGGCAACCCGGAAGGGUCGGUGAUCUGCGACGUCAAGUUCAUCAACGAGGAGGACCAGGGCUUCCUGAUGACGGGGUCGUCGGACGGGGUGCUCCGGGUGUACCGGGGGUACGACGCGGACGAGGAGGUGGAGCUGGCGUCGUCGUGGCGGGCGCUCACGCACAUGGUGCCGAGCACGGUGAACUCGGGCAUGGUGUUCGACUGGCAGCAGGCGACGGGGCGGGUGCUGGUGGCGGGCGACGUGCGGGUGAUCCGGGUGUGGUCGGCGGCGUCGGAGACGUGCAUCAUGGACAUUCCGGCGCGGUCCGGGUCGUGCGUGACGUCGCUGACGUCGGACCAGAUGACGGGCAACACGCUGGUGGCCGGGUUCGGGGACGGGGCGGUCCGGGUGUUCGACACGCGCCUCAAGGUGCAGGAAUCGAUGGUGAAGAAGUGGAGGGACGAGACGGAUCGGCAGUGGAUCAAGAGCGUGCACAUGCAGCGGGGCGGGCAGCGGGAGCUGCUCAGCGCGAGCUGUAACGGCAAGGUCAAGCUGUGGGAUAUUCGGAUGGACAAGCCGCUUCGUACGUUCCGGACGACGAGGGAUCCGAGGGAUACCUUGCGAACGGCCAGCACACACGAGCACCUGCCGGUGUUUGCUGUGGGUACUUCGAGCCGCCGUGUCAGGGUAUUCAACUUCGAGGGCCAGAGACUAUCGGAGAUGGAACCGUACUCGAGCUUCCUCCAGCAGAGCCGAGGAUCGCCCAUUUCGGCCACGGCGUUCCACCCGCACCGGCCCAUCUUGGGCUGUGCUUCUCGGGGCGACUACAACAUCAACCUCUUUACGUGUGAGAAUACCGAGGCGGUCCAGCCACGUGCCUAAGGUAGCUGGCGGGAGGAGGCCGAGAAGGGAAUUGGGGUUGACGAAAGAGAGGAAAGGGGGUUGUCAAGAGUAGUCGAGUCGAGCUGAGAAAGUCCGAUAUCGCUGACACUUGGAGACUAUCAUUCAAGGGAAUUUGUUUAUGCAUGGCUCGUAGGGUGCUUUUCGCUUUUUUUUUUUUCUUCUUCCUUUUUUUCCUUUUUUUUUGGCAU